AUGAAUGAGAAUAAUAAUGUUAAAAGAUUAAACUUAUAUUUCCAGAUAUGCAGGUUUUGUUGGAAUCGUAUUCGGGAAGGCGAGAACGGUCUCUGUCCAGCGUGUCGGAAGGCCUACCCGGAAAACCCGGCAGACUUCACUCCUCUCAGUCAAGAGCAGGUGGCCGCCAUAAAGACGGAGAAGAAGGCCCGCGAGCAGAAGCGCCGCAACAAGACGCUGGAGUCGCGGCGCGCGCUCGCCAACGUGCGCGUGGUGCAGAACAACCUCGUGUUCGUCGUCGGCCUGCCCGUGCGCCUCGCAGACCCCGAGAUUCUGAAACGGCAAGAGUACUUUGGCAAAUAUGGCAAAAUUCACAAAGUAGUUAUAAACCAAAGUACUGCAUAUGCAGGGUCACAGGGUCCGUCCGCGUCCGCGUACGUGACGUACGUGUCGCCGGCGGACGCGCUGCGCGCCAUCCAGGGCGUCAACAACGUGACGCUGGACGGGCGCGUGCUCAAGGGCUCGCUGGGCACCACCAAGUACUGCGCCAACUUCAUGAAGAACACGCCCUGCCCCAAGCCCGACUGCAUGUAUCUGCACGAGCUGGGUGAUCCGAAGGCGUCGUUCACGAAGGAGGAGAUGCACGCGGGCCUGCACCAGGUGUACGAGCGGCGCCUGCACCAGCAGCUGCUGCAGCAGCAGCGCGACUGCCGGACGGCGCAGCCCGACGAGCGCAGCGACGGUAACUCCAGUACGAAUACAGAAAAAGGCAAUUCCAAAGAUGGUAAUCAAUCGAACUUUAUACCGACAACAGUAAUCACAUCCUCUCAAAUAAAUGUAGUCAGCACAUCUAAAUCAAAGAAAGAAUCGGUUAAUGGCAACGGCAACACAAACAGUAGCAGCAGUAAUAGCAGCAAUAGCAGUAAUAGUACGAAUAGCAAAGAGGCCUGGCCUAGCCUCGGUACAUCUCCACCAUCAGACAGCCCGGCCAGAAAACAGAACAGUCCCAAGCCCCACAUUGUUAAGUCACAAGAAAAUGGCACAUCAGAAUCGUUAAGUCCGACGCAACUCCAAUCACAACAGUCUCAAACAAAACACAGCAAAGAUCACACAGAAAGCAAACCAAAUAGAAGUAAUAAGGACAGUAAUACAAACGGACAGCCCAACAAGAAAAGUAAAUCAGAAAGCAAAUCAAAACAGAAGAAUAGUAAUAGUAAUACAAAUGAAAAAAGCGAAACAGAAACAGUUGAAAGCAAACCAGAACAGAAUAGUCCUAGCCUUCAGACUCAACAGAAUUCAGUGUUCGAAAAUGACUCACAAAGCUAUUUAUCAAAUGAAUUAGAUGAAUUAGAAUCGGACAGACACAGUCUAUUGGAAAACCACGAUUUAUUAGACAACAGCGAUCACAGCCUUUUAGACGACGACAACACACACAAUCUCUUAAACGAUGCAAAUAAUGAAGUUAUGAUGAUGCAAAGGCAUAGAGAAAUGCUCGCAGGUUUAGUAGAUAAUAACCAUUUAUUGCCUCAAAUGAAGAGUCCCCUAGUAAAUGGAUACGGGUUGUUAGACAGGGAUACAAUGAGUUAUCUAGGUAAUGAUAGGCAGAUUAGUCAAAUUAACCACGGUCUGAUGGACCAGAAGGAUAUGCUACUCAGAGAGCGCAGUCGGAGCAACCUUUUAAUGAGACAGAAUGAAAUGCUGGCUCGGCAGCAUAAUGUCAUGGUUGAACCAAAGCAUUAUGUGCCAAACUCUAGUAUAGGACUGGAGUCUGCUAGUGAAUUAUUAGGUGCUAAUUAUCAUCCAAAUCACAAUAUGCUUCCGUUCGGUAUGAGGGUAGACAACUCAAUGGGCUCAAGCUCUUUAGGGAACACUAUGACAAAUACAUUAACUGCAAACUCAUUGUCCAAUCCUAUUUCGGCAAAUACUGGAUUCAUGUUACACAAUCAGCAAAUGGCGCAGAUGCAAAGUCCACAGAUGCCGAGUGGUCUCGUUAACGGAUUCGAAUCACCACAGACUAGUGAAGGUCGCUACCAGGCUGAAAACAUGGAUAAGUUUUUCACGGACUUCCAUAAAGCACAGCAGAUGAGACUUCUAUUGGCUCGUGAUGAGCGACGCCUUGAUAUGUUGCCUCCACACGCCAUGCUUAGUGCCGAGCGACUGGAAAUGGAGCAUAAGCAGAGAAUGAACAACAUGCGUACGAGUGACGUUUCCGGUCCGAGUGAGAGUGCGGCGGCCAGUGGGGACGAUGACCUCGACUUCGACCCCUUCAAGGAGACGCAGAAAGCACUCGCCGAGCUUAUGGAGACCGAGGUCAUGCUCAACACCAUCUCCAGCGGUGACAAUAUGGAUCGCGUUCGUCGGUCGCGUCUGCCUCCUCCCGGCUUUAGUCACAUGAAUGCAUUUGGCAUUGGUGUGCCUCGCCACCAGACUCAUCAUCAAGGUUACAACAACUCAAACACUGCAAUGUUCUCUGACUGGACCCAAAUGGACCCUGCGAUUAUGUCGACCUCUGUUAACUUCGGCAAGGCACCACCCGCCCAGGGAAGUUUGAACCAGCAGCAACAGGAGCUAUUUGCUCGUUUUAACCAUUUACAAGUACAGCCUAAUGGAAAGGUCCCUCAGUGGCCCAAGCUGUGGCCACAGCAUGGGACACCAUACAACACCAUCCCCUUACCCCCUGGCUUCGCACCAGCAAAGAAUGCCCAACACCCCGCCGAGUGCAUCGACGCCAAGUAGACCCACCACUAAAAGCAGCGGAUUAUAUUUUCUAUUAUUCUCUUUCCGUUGGUGAUGUGAUCGAUAAAUCUUUGUAUUAAGAGAGCAUAUUUUAAACGAGAGAAAUAUGAUAACAAAGGAAUUUGUAAAAUAAAUUAACCUAUUUGUUUUAUUUAAAAAAUGUUUGAUUUUUAUUAUAACAUCUUUUGUCAAUUCGGCUCCCCAUGUAUUAUCAUAUUUCUUAGAUUUCGUUUCUGUUACUUCUUUUCUCGACUGAAGAUAUAUGUAUAUUCGUUAUAUAUUAUAUUCUUGCUAGGACAUAGCUCUGUUACAACAGAUUAUUUUUUCUAUAUUAAAAUGAGAUGCCAAUUUAUCGGUUCAGUUGUACAUUAUUGAGCCAUUAUCCAUCAUUGAAAAGAUCAUUAAAAUUGAAGUAUUAUCA